GGCGCCGGACGGGACGGGCGAAGCCACCCGUGAUCCCGUUCGACGUGCCACCUCUUCCUGGCAUUCCCACCCAUUUUUCCCCUCCCGGUGACCCCUGACCCUCCCUCCCCACCUCUCCUCCUUCCCACGUGCCCGCCCCGCCUGGCAGCGAUGAGCGAGCUCCGCACCAGUGAGUCUCCCUCGGCCAACCAGGCUUCCAGCCCCGAGGAGAAGGGCAAAGCCGGGGACGCCAAGAAGGCCGAGGAGGAGGAGAUCGACAUCGACCUGACGGCGCCGGAGACGGAGAAGGCGGCCCUCGCCAUCCAGGGCAAGUUCCGCCGCUUCCAGAAACGGAAAAAGGACCCCAGUUCCUGAGCGGCCCCUUCCCCCCCAGCCCCCUCUUCCUCCCCCAGCCUUCCCCCACAGCCCCCUAGACCCCCAGCUCCUUCGAUUCUCUGAACCCCAUGCGCUCCCGUCCCCGGCCUCCAGCGCACGUUGGGUGCUGGGCCACCCCACCGGUUGCCCACGGCCUCCUGGCAGGGACCGGGCGCUGCCGAGAUCGGGGAUGGGGGGAAGAGCGAGCGGGGCGGUCCGUGGGCUCAGGGGCAGGACGAUGGAUGCUGCGUCUACACUUCAGGUGAUCUAUUUAUUCCCCCACACCACUGCGUCCCCUGCCCACUCCCCUAAAGAGCUGAGCCACGGGGGGCUGAAGGAACCUCUCCACCCUGCUGCCCCUCUCGCCCAACCUUCCUCUCUCCUCCACCUCACCUAAACGGCUGUCCUCACCAGUGCAUAACGGGUAGAUGAUUAUCCCCAGGCCGGAGGGAACGACUCCUGGCUCUUUGCGCCAGGGAUCCCGGGGGUGGAGGUGGUGAGGCCCUGGGUGAGGAGGAGGGGAAUCAGGCCCAAGACUGGGCAGCUGGCAGGGGAAACUUCUUGGGGUCACCAGCCCGCCUCUCUCGACCCCCAUUCCCCGCCGGCCCUUCAAGUCGUGUCCUGCCGUCUGCGACGUCCAUCGCGGAGCCCCUUGCUGCCCUUCUCCAGCCCCUCCCCAAGCCCAACGUGGGGCAGCCCCUCCACCGUUUUAGCAUGUUUCUAACUAAUAAAAAAAAUCUCA